AUGACCACAUUGCUGCUCUUGCUUCUCCUCGUCUUUGCGUUCACCGGCUCUGGGGUAGCUCAGGUCUCUGGGACAGAGCAUACGAUUAAGGUCGGUGGGCAAGGCAGCUUCUUCGUCCCAGACUCGGUGAAUGCUCGACUGGGAGAUACUGUUAAAUUCCAGUUCUUUGAUGCAGCUCACGGUGUCGUUCAGACAUCUUUUGAGACCCCUUGCGAACCCCUCCCAGGCGGGUUCAGCAGUGGAGUCGUUGUGCCUCCUGAUGGAGGGACUAAUCCGGGAGAACUUGCGGAGUGGACUCUACAAAUCACUAAUAUCUCGACAAUAUGGUUCUACUGCCCCGUUAAGAGUCCUGUUCCGCAUUGCAGCACUGGGAUGGUUGGGGCAAUCAACCCACUUGGUGAAGCGAUGGUAGAGGACUUCAAAUCUGCAGCAAAAGCGUUCACCGGAAUGCCCCCGCCAGUGUCUACCGUCCUUACGGGUGUCGGAGCAGCAGCUACCGCAGCUCCAGUUAGCAUCGUCGGCAGCCCCCCUGCAUCUUUUCAAAGCGAUUCCUCCUCGACCACGAACUCCGCAUUCCCUUCAGUCUCUUCAAAGGUAGAAUCGACUAGCUCGCCCACCAGCAUUCCAGAGACUUCAUCGUCAAAUCACACACCAGCAAUCAUCGGCGGAACUGUAGCAGGCCUCGUAGCACUUUUCGCUACCAUAAUCGUUGUCGUCCUUAUCCUCCGCCGCCGCCGACCACAUCCAAGCCCACAAGAUCAUCAUACAGUCGAAUCUCAAUACUUCCCGCGGGCGGUAUCCCCGCCUCCGUCCUCAGGAAUGUCCGAUACACUCAGGGGAAAGGUUCAAACACAAUUCUACCCGGUAAGAGCAGAAGACAAUCUGCCUUCUAUCGGGUAUGGUUAUGGCAGAAACGACUCUGAUCGACCUUCGUCGUCGAACAAACGAGCUCUGGAGGCUUUUCAUAUACGAAACCAGGGCAGUCAAGGGAAUCUGACUAAGGGAGCGGUUGCUCAGGUUCCACCUGUUUCUUCUUCUGAACGGAUUCAUCAGCAUCAUCCUUAUGCCGCGCCCGGUGUGAACGUUGAUGUGUCGGAAGUCGAGUCGGGGGAUGGACGAAGUGAGGAUAUCAACGCUCUGGCGAAAGAGGUUGCGGCUGUUUUACUUCGUGGAAAGAAGAGUUUGGCUGUGUCGUCUCAAACUGCAAGUGGGAGUGGUGGAAAUUUGGAAGGGUCACCGCCUGAUUAUAAGUCUUGGGGACAUAGUGCUAAUAACUAA